GUCGACCUUCAACGCGAAAUCACUCGAUCCGAUGAAUUAUGAGGAGAUAUGCGUCGGAUCCGAUCUGUCGUUAUAUUCAUUUCAACGUCGGUGGAGACCCUCGACGAUUUCAAAUCGGAGAGUAUGCUCCAAUCUAUUUCCCAUGGAUGGGAAUCCCAGGUUGUCUUGCUUUGGACUCAUGAAAAGUAGCAGAGAUGGGAAGAGUUAUAUAGCACUAACUUGGCAUUUACUCCUACAGAGAAAUUUGCUAACGGAGUUACACCAGAGAGUGUAUUAUGUUUUCAGUUUUGGAACCGUUUUGCUCGAUCUCAUUAGUGGAAAACAUAUUCCACCGAGCCAUCCAUACAGGAAAUACUGCUUAAGAAUGGAUCUUACAGCCAUACAGGAAAUACUUAGUAAGAUUGGAUACAAGGAAUUGCCAUUGAGCUCUCGUUUCAAAUGUGGACAACCCAGAUGCAGGAAUCUCUCUUUUCAAAGAAGCAAGGGGACUUAGCUUUCCGAUCCAAAGAUUUUACAACCGCAAUCGAUUGCUACACUCAGGUAAUAUCUCUAAAUGCAACAUACCUCUUUAAUUACAUGCCAAGAGCCAUCAUAGGGCUAGACAUUCAGUCAUCAUAGGGCUACACAUAACUGGAAUGAUUCAUGGGCCGAAAAGGAUGAAAAAAGUUUGUAUGGUUCCUUGUAUUGAAAGACAUCUAAAUACAAAAAUUUGAUUUUUGUCCCUUA